UGCGCGGUGGCUGCCGUGCUCGCCCGUCCCGGCGCGCCGCUCCCCACGGCCGCCCCCGCGCACGGCACCUCGGUGCGCGCUGCCAUCGCCGCCCGCCGGGCCAUGGACUCGGACGCCAGCCUGGUCUCCAGCCGCCCAUCUUCCCCGGAGCCCGAUGACCUCUUCCUCACGGCCAGGAAUAAAGGCGGCGGAGGGGGCUUCACGGGCGGCGCCGUGUCCAGCUCCACGCAAAGUGACUCCCCGCCGGAGCUGAGCGCCGAGCUGCGCAGCGCCAUGAGCGCCGCGGGGGUGGUGGUGGUGGACAAGCUGGGCUUCAAGUCCUCCUCGUCGUCCUCCUCCUCGUCGUCGUCCUCCUCCUCCAAGAAGGACAAGAAGCAGAUGACGGAGCCGGAGCUGCAGCAGCUGCGGCUGAAGAUCAACAGCCGGGAGCGCAAGAGGAUGCACGACCUGAACAUCGCCAUGGACGGGCUGCGGGAGGUGAUGCCCUACGCCCACGGCCCGUCGGUGCGCAAGCUCUCCAAGAUCGCCACGCUCCUCCUGGCGCGCAACUACAUCCUCAUGCUCACCAACUCCCUGGAGGAGAUGAAGCGCCUGGUCAGCGAGAUCUACGGGGGCCACCACGCCGGCUUCCACCCCGCCGCCUGCCCUGGCGGCAUGGGAGCCCACUCCGCCCCUCUGCCCGGCCACCCGGGCCACCCCGCCUCGCACCCCGUCCACCACCCCAUCCUGCCCCCGGCCGCCGUCUCCAGCGCAUCCCUGCCCGGCUCCGGUCUCUCUGCCGUCAGCUCCAUCCGUCCUCCUCACGGGCUCCUCAAAUCGCCCUCGACCGCCGCCGCUCCCCUGGGCAGCGGCUUCCAGCACUGGGGGGGGAUGCCCUGUCCCUGCAGCAUGUGUCAGGUGUCCGCCCCGCCGCACCACCACGUCUCCGGCAUGGGCACCGCCAGUCUCCCCAGAUUAACCACCGACACCAAAUGAGCCCCGACCCCGCGCCGCCCCUCCGCCUCCAGGACCUACAAACACAGCCCCCGACACACGCAUCCCUCCCAGGGGCGGUGGGAUGGGACGGAGCCCAGCCCGGAGUCUGCCCCGCUCCCCGAACAGCGGGAAAGACCACCCCGAAGCAAGUAAAAACCUGCGCAUCUUCUUUAUUCUUCGUUUCACCUUGCUGUCGAUAACUUCGCUGGGAGGGGGGAAGAGCCCCAGGCGCGCCGCGAAUGGACGAACCGAAACGGCAGAGAGGGUUUUGCUCGUUUGUUUGUUUGCUUGCUUCCCCCCCCUCCCAUCCCCCUUCUCCCCGUUUCGUUUCUACACGUUUCCCAGCCCGUGGAGCUGUUUCUGGGUCACAUCCCGCCCCGAAAAGCCCAUCCGUGGAGCGCCCGGCCCCGCUCCAGGGGCUCCCGGGAGCAACACCGGGGCUCCGGCUGGAAUGUAGCCGGGAAAAUCGGUUUAUUCUCUCCCCGCUCCUCCACCCGCAGGUUUUUUGUUCGGUUUUCUUUCUGGUUCGGGAUUUGUAAAUAUACCGUUCAAGGAUAACGAUGCCAGUCUGCUCUGCUUGAGCUUUCCGUUCGUGCACUUGUACUCUGUAAGCAUCAUGAGGGAAUAAGGGGUCGGUUUGCCUUGAUUUCGUUGGUUCGGAUUCCUGGGGUUUGUUGGUUUAGUGGGAUUUUUUUGUUUUGUUGUUUGUUUGUUUGUUUGCUUUUUAGGUAUAUAACACUUUGGUUUUUUUCGUUCCUGCCACCUUUAACAAAGUUUGAACUCUUUAAUGCUCUUUCUGUGUAGGAACUUUCACACUGUCCGUGUUGCAAUACUGAGAACUUGGGCUUGUUUCUGAAAUAACAACUUUUCUUAUCGCUGCCCCUUGCAGAGAUUUUAUCAUCUGUUUAUUUUUGUAAGAAAAAAAAAAAAAAGAAAAGAAAAAAGAAAAAAAAGGAAAAAGUUGCUAAAUAAUAUUUAUUACUUGUUUGGUUGCAAAAAAAAAAAAAGUG